UUUGUUCCUAACUCUCCCUGCUUGACACCAACUUGUUUUAGGGACAACAUCUUUUCCCCCUUUUUAACUUUCUGAGAGAAGAGGCGUCCGUCCACGCGACCGCCAGGUGACCAUAGCCAUGAAGUGGGGCUGGGUGUUUUUGGGGGUCUUCCUAUCUUUGGGGACCCUGUCCUGGGCGGAGAUGGGCUUGGAGAUCCCCGAGUAUGACGGCAAAGACCGCGUCCACGACCUCAGCGCCAAGAACUACAAGUCGGUCAUGAAGAAGUACGACGUGAUGGUGAUCUACUACCACAAAAACGUGGACGGGGACCGCACCGCCACGAAGCAGCUUCAGAUAGAGGAGCUGGCUCUGGAGCUUGCAGCCCAAGUUCUGGGCGACUUCGACGACGAGGACAUUGGAUUCGGCCUGGUUGAUGAAAAGAAGGACUCUGCUGUUGCCAAGAAGCUCGGUCUGGACGAGGUGGAGAGCAUCUACAUCUUUGCCGACAAUGAGAUCAUUGAGUACGAUGGAGAGCUGGCAGCUGACACCCUGGUGGAGUUCCUCUACGAUGUGGUUGAAGACCCCGUGGAGAUCAUCGACAACGAGCGCGAGCUGAAGGGUUUCCACAACAUGGAUGAGGUCAUCAAGCUGGUCGGCUAUUUCAAGAGCGAGAAAUCUCCUCACUAUAUUGAGUAUGACGACGCUGCUGAGGAGUUCCACCCCUUCGUCAAAUUCUUUGCCACAUUUGACCCCAAGAUUGCCAAGAAGCUGAAGCUGAAGAUAAACGAGGUCGACUUCUACGAGCCCUUCAUGGAGGAACCCGUCACCAUUCCAGGAAAGCCCUACAUCGAGUCUGAGCUUGUUGAAUACAUUGAACAGCAUGACAGGCCCACUCUGAGGAAGCUUGAGCCCCACAGCAUGUACGAGAUCUGGGAGGAUGACAUUGAUGGAGAGCACAUUGUCGCCUUUGCUGAAGAAGAUGACCCAGACGGUUUUGAAUUCCUGGAAAUCCUGAAGGAGGUGGCACGCGAGAACACUGACAACCCCAACCUGAGCAUCAUCUGGAUCGACCCCGACAACUUCCCCCUGCUGGUGCCAUACUGGGAGAAGACCUUCCGCAUCGACCUCUCUUCUCCUCAGAUUGGUGUGGUUGACGUUGAGGAUGCCGACAGCGUUUGGAUGGAAAUGGAUGACCAGGAUGAAAUGCCCACAGCUGAUGAGCUCGAGCAGUGGAUCGACGACGUUCUGUCUGGAAAGAUCGACCCUGAUGAUGAUGAUGAUGAGGAGGACGAUGACGACGACGAUGAUGACGAUGAUGAUGACGAUGAUGAUGACGACGACGACGAUGAUGACGACGAUGAUGAUGAUGAUGAUGAUGAUGAUGACGACGAUGAUGAUGAUGACGACGAUGAUGAUGAUGACGACGAUGACGACGAUGAUGACGAUGAAUAAAUGUUUACCACCAUCUUUCACUUCACUAUAAUUUAGCCAGAAAUGGCAAAACCCAAAAGUCGCACCAGUUCUUUUCUAACACCUUGGAGCAAACACACUUUGUGUCUGUUUGCUUCCAGUAAAGGACAAAUAUAAUGAGUCAGGGAAGGAGAUUUUGUGAAAAACAGAGGAAUUGCAUCUUUGUUGAUGAACAGCGUUGCAGCUUAAAAUGCUGCUUGUCCUGCUAAUCUCUAACCUCCGAGGUUCACAAUUAAUGUGAGUAAAGAGGCUAUCAGAGGCUAACUUCCUUGUCAUUUUCUACCUAAUGUCACAGACCGGGGUUCACCCCUUUCCUCACUUUCUCCAAUUUACUGUAAUCCUGUUUCAAUGACAUGUUUUCUACUUGAUGAAGAG